AUAUGGAAACUGAAUCCACAGAAAUACAAGAAGUCUCCAAGCCCACAAAAGAAACAGAAACAAGAGAGAAAGGCAAUAUUCCCCCAGAUAUUAUAGUGCCCAGAGACGAAAUUACUAUUUUAGGCUAUGACUCACAUUCUAGCAAUCCCAAUACUAAUGAUAAGGGACGCCCGCAUGCAGAUUUAUUGAGUAACCCUGCAGCCACCAUGAACCAUAUGGUUGAGGAUGACUUUAUCCCG